AUGCCAUUGAAUAUUUUAGGUACUGCAUUGCUGGAAGGAACAGAUAAAAUUCCAUACUACAAUGGCAUAAAGAAGGUGGCCCCUUACGUUGCAGCUACAGCUGCCGUGAAAUAUUGGUCUCGUGGUCCAUCCAAUACAUGGGAGAGACAACUUCACGGAAAGGUCUACUUAGUGACCGGUGCAACAAGUCAAGGUAUGGGUACUUCAGUAGCUCUCGAGAUGGCAAAGUUAGGUGCGCAACUGAUCUUUUUGACAAGAAGUGUGGAUGAAUGGUCUACUGAUUGGGUAGAAGAUAUGAGAGAUGCAACUGGGAAUGAGUUAUUGUAUAUGGAACAAUGUGAUAUUGCUGACCUCUACCAGGUUCGUCAAUUUGCAACGCGUUGGUUAAAUAAUUCUCCACCAAGAAGAUUGGAUGGUAUCAUUGUAAUGUCAGGAGAUAUGGAACCCAUCGGUAUACCUCAUUUUUCGAAACCAGUGAGACAGUCAUCUGUUGAUGGGUUGGAGAAACAAAUGGCUGUGAAUUUUGCUGGUGUAUUUCAUUUAAUGGACCUAUUACAACCAAGUAUUAAAGCUCAACCUCCUGAUCGUGAUGUAAGAAUCAUUAUUUCUACAUGUUGGACACAAGUGAUGGGUGAUGUGAAUAUAGAAGAUCCUCUAUGGCAAUCUCAAAAAUAUAAAAGUGCUUUGAAAUUCUUCAGUAGUAGUAAAUUACAAUUGGGACUUACAAUGAUGGAGUUACAAAGAAGAUUAACUGAAGAUGUUAAGAAGGUCUCUAAGGAGAAACAGGAUACUGAACGUAGUGGGUUAAAUAUUAAAGUUGUAAUGGUACAACCUGGUACAAUGAGGUCAAACAGUUUGCGUCGUGUGGUGUCUAACGGGUCUAUUAUAUUGUUACUUGUGUUGUAUUGUGUGAUACUGUAUCCAUUCUUAUGGUUACUAACAAAGAGUGGGAAUCGUGGUGCACAGAAUAUUCUCUAUGCUUUGAAUACUCCUGAGUUUGAAGAAGUUAAUUUAAAGGAUACCAACGCUAAAUAUGUAUCUGAUUGUUCUGUCGUAAAGUUUGCACGUAAAGAAUUCGAGGAUGUUGAAUUACAGAAACAAUUAUUUGAUAAUACGCGAAGAGAUAUCUUAGAACUUGAAAAGAAGAUGGCAAUUGCUAGAAAUACCAAGAAGAAAGCAGAAGAAAAAACCAAGAAAGAAACAGACAAAAAGUCUAAAAAAAAAUAG